CUUUUAUCCACAUCCACGUUCCCCUUGUAGGACUCGCUCUCCAUCCCAACUGCUCCACCCUAGUGCAUGAUGUCCGCAGACCAGGCACAAGUUGCAACAGCCGCGCCCGCGGCGGAGGCUUCCUCUAAGUCAAUCCCGACAACGCAGAAGUCGUGGAGCGUCACCGGAAGCGGCGAUCCCGACAAGGUGCUCAAAUUCGGGGACGUCCCGGUGCCGAAGCAGAAGAAGGGCGAGAUCCUCGUCAAGGUGCAAGCCGCCGCUCUCAACCCAGUUGGAUACAAGGUCCUCAAACUCGUCCCCAGUUUCGUCGCGCGUCGCUCCAAGGCGCACGAGUUUGAUCUCGCAGGCGUAGUCGUGGACGCCAACGGCACCGAGUUCAAGGAAGGCGACGAGAUAUUUGGCGUGAUACCCGUCCUGUCUGUGUUCCUGAAUGGCUAUGGGGCCCUCGCGCAGUACACCGUCCUCCCCGCCCAACGCGCCGUCAUCCGCCCGAAGAACGUCACCCCCACGCAGGCCGCGGGCUUCCCCAUCGCGGGCCUCACCGCAUACCAGUCGCUGUUCACCCUCGCCAAGCUGGAGGAGGGCCAGUCGGUCUUCAUCAACGGAGGUAGCACCGCGGUGGGCUCGUUCGCAAUCCAGCUCGCGAAGGCCGUGGGCGCACGCGUCGCGGUCAGCGCGUCGGGAAAGAACGAGCAGUACGUGAGGAACCUAGGCGCGGACGAGUUCUUUGACUACACGAAGGCCCCGCUACACGAACAGCUCAUCGCGGCAGACCCAAACCCGAAAUAUCACGUCUUCCUGGAGGCGGUGGGGACAGCUGACCCCACACUCUUCGUUGAGAGCGAGAAGUAUCUCGCCCCCGGAGGCGUGUUCCUAUCCGUCGGGCCACAAGGUGGCGGAUGCCUGAGCUUUAUCUGGAAGGUGUUCCUGCAGCCAUCCUGGUUAGGUGGAACAAAGCGGACAUGGAAGCUUGUCUCUCUCGAUGCGAAGAAGAACGAGUUGGAGGCCUUCGCUAAGCUGGUUGAGGAGGGCAAAGUGAAGCCGUUGGUGGAUUCGGUCUUCUCGUUCGAGGAUACGCUCAAAGCAUACGAGCGGAUCAAGACUGGCAGGGCGACUGGAAAGGUGGUUGUGAAGGUGGACCCUACGGCGGAGUGAUACGUAUCGCUUUGUCUUUUAUUCAUACCUUAUGGUUGUCCUGUCUGUGUUGUCCUAGCCUGCGUCGUGUUCGGCGUGUGUUGAAGCGCAACAUGCCUCUAGCAGAUUCCAGCUUUUGCCCUUUUGGUACAGAGCGGAUGCAUGUUUCCUGCAGGCCGGGCC